CAUGGUAAGUGUCUAAAAAAGAUAUAAAUUAAAAAUUACAAACGUUCAAUACCUGUAUAGACUAAAAUAAAUAAAUUUCUAAUUUCGCAUUAUCGCCAUAUUUUGGCUAGUUGUUUCAAAUGAUUGUUGACAGGCAAUAAUAACAAUUCUAAUAAAUAUUUAAUAUUUGGGAAAUGUUGUAUAUACAAAACAUGUAAAUAAAAGCCUGUUUAGCCCUGCGUUUGAAGACUAGAGAUAAAAGAGAAGAAUAUUCUCGAGAACGAGAAUUUCUAAAUUUUAAAUCCCGGUAACUACGGUAAUACGUUUGCAAAAAAACGUACUUAAUAAUAAUAAUAAACUUUAUUUUUCGCAAAUUUUACAAAAACAAAGAUUAUUGGCAAGUAUUAAAUCAAUAAUUUCAUCGUCUUCAUAAAUUUGAUGUCACACUCUGAUAUUGUUUGAUAGGUUGCUACAAUGUGUGUUAAUAUAUUAUCAACCUAAUCACUUUCAUUUUCUACGUUAACUUCUUUCUAUAGUUUAUUCCAGAGGAACAAAUUCCCGGGGCCCGUAAGGUCUGGGGACCCUGGCGCGGGUACAUUCAAGGUUUAUAUGGUUACCUACAAUUAUUAAUACCAUAUUAGUGUAAGUUGGUAGUUUAUGUUGUACUUCGGCUCUAGCGCAUACGAUUUUAAAUUUGCAAACAGGAAAAGAAGUCUUACGUCAUUCUGCAAUUGAGAAAUCGCCUUUUUGUUUUAUUACUUUGUUUUUGUGACUUCAAUGAAGUCACUUCAUUAUACUACGACGAUUUCAGUCUGAGCCUUGAAACUUUUUAAAUGGCAACUUAUUUAAAAAGAGCAUUAGCGAAUUCCAAAAUAUACAUUUUUGCAAAGUAUAUGUUGUUUUGUGGUUUGGUAUCAAUCAAUAAUCUAUUGUGCUACAAGUGCCGGGGCAGUUUGCUAAUUUCAAGCUUAAAAUUGUGUAAUAGUCGGCAUGGGAUAUUUAAACCAUUUUUAAAAUGGCUUAUCAGCAUAAAUCGGGCGCUCAAAAAAGGAUCGAAAAACAAAUAGGUGAAAGUGCCUGCGAAAGCGGGCGAAGGACACUUGCAAUAUCUAAUAAUGAAGAACAUGAACAAGAACAACUUAUUGAAGAUCUGGUUCAAUCAACAUCAGUUAUAGGUUCCGGUUCCGCUUCUAACUUUGAUAGUGCUAAGGAUUCUAUUUCUGGUGGUGGUAAUGACGGCCGUAACAAUUCUAAUUCUGGUAAUGAUGAUCGAAUUGAUCCCGAUCAUAUUACUUACAAAUCGGUACUUGGGUACGACAUAGGUCUUCUGCAACAAAACAGAAAUAUCUCUCCUCUAGAAAUAGAGGAUGCAGUGUGUCGAGGACCUCAGUCCCUUCCAGCUAACUUUCCGCCUGAUCCUGACGGUCACCCUUUUCCUAAAUAUAUAUUAAAUAAAAAGUUACAGAAUAGUGAAAUAGUUACCAGAGAUUGGUUAGUUUGGAGUGUGGCAAAACAAGCUCUUUUCUGCUUCCACAAUAAAACCAAGGAAUCCAGUGAACCUUCUCAGCAGUCAGUGUCAGUGAUUGCAACAGUGGGUUGUGAACCAUCUAGAGGGUACAAAAAACUCUACGACAGAAUACCUGUCCAUGAAAGCAGCAACAUUCAUAAGGCAAAUUACGUUGAAUGGCGCCAAUUAGAAAGUAAUUUGGCUACAAAUCGAACUGCUGGCAGCUUGUUAGCUAAACAAAUUCAGGAUGAGAAACAAAACUGGAAAGAUUUGCUUCGACGUUUUCUAGAUGUUACUCUAUUCCUGACAGAACGUGGACUUGCUUUUAGAGGAGACAGUCAUGAAAUCGGCAAUCCAAGAAUCAGUCACUACGAUCCGCUUCUUGCCGUUCAUUUGGAAAAAGUAAAACGAUCGCAAGAAAAAAAUUAUAGAUUACAAGUGCACUAUUUAUCGGCGGAUAUACAAAAUGAAUUUAUAUCUUGCUGUGCUGAACACGUACGAGACUACAUUUUGAAGGAAAGAGUUGCAGCUAAAUAUUAUUCUAUAAUUGUUGACGCCACUCCAGAUUAUUCUCAUGAUGAACAAACAACUUUCAUUCUGCGAUAUGUCGGAUUAGAAAACGAAUCCAAUGAUUAUAAAAUUUAGGAAAGAUUUUUGGAAUUUGUAAACUGUAAUGACAAGACUGGAGAUGCUAUAGCCCAGCUAAUCGUUAGAGUUUUGCAAAAGAUAUACGACAACGGCAGUAACAUGUCAACAUGUUAACCCUCUUGCUAUUUUUUCUCCAUGUGCGUGCCAUUCUCUAAAUUUGGGGUACAUGCAGCUGAAUGUUGUCCUGAAGUUAUAACAUUUUUGGUGCUGUUCAAAAACUUUAUAAUAUUUUCUCUGCCAGUCCUUAAAGAUGGGAAAUUCUUAAAAAUCAGAUUGGGGUAUCCCUUCAUUCCCUGUCUACAACUCAUUGGUCUGCUAGGAUAGAAAGCGUUAAACCGUUUACUGAAGGACUUCCUGGGAUAAAAGAUGCAAUAAAGGCCGUACAGCAUUUAAAUUUAACUCCAGAAAUUCGAUCAGAUCUUAACGGAUUGUAUACUUACAUGGAAUCGUUCGAAUGUUUAGUUUUAGCAUCUAUAUGAGAAAAGAUGUUGACCGCAAUCAAUAUCAGAAGUGUUCUUUUACAGGAGCUGAACACGACAAUUGACGUAGAAAAAAAAAACUAUCUAGUUUAUUAGAUGAUGUAAAUUUGCUUAGAAACAACUGGGAUGCGAUUUUGUUGGAAUGCAGAUUAGUUGCUGAAAAUAUUGGAAUAUCAACGGAGUUUAAAAGUGGUGUUAGUCGGCAUGAAAAAAAAUCAGCCAUAGAAGAGUUUUUUGGAAAGUCUACCCCAGCAGAAAUUUUUAAUAUAAAUACGAAGGCUUUCACGGCCGAU